AUGAUGGACGAUUCAACCAGUGUAGUCAGCAACAGCCGAGUAGGUGCUUUCGGUGGAGGUCUUAAUGGAAGUGCCGUAUUCGGAGAUGGUCAGUCUGAGGCUUCCACGAGCACAGAACGAAUCAACUCACCAUCCAUGACCAAACAAAUCAACUCUGCCGCUUCCUCUCUCAUUGUCUCUCUACAAAUUGAAACGGAACGAACAGGAUGGAAGUGGUAUCUAGGAACAUGGAUUCCAAUAAUGUUGUAUUUAUGGAGCUCAAUGUUUCUUCCAACCCUUAGAGAAGCGUCAAAAAACACAACUCCCAACCAGCCACUGUCACACUACAUUUUCGUGAGUGCUGCUAACUUUCCAAAUACAUUGGCCGGAAAUGUAUGGAUGACACGUGAAAUUUCAAUUGCCAUUGCGGCAGUUAUCUUCGCAUUUGUUGUUUUAAGUUAUUUGGUAGGGAUUGUUGCAGUUUGGAGAAGUGACCGAACCACAUCAAGCUCUUCUUCUAGGAAUGGACUUUCCAAGAUGAAACUGUUGUUUUACAUUUUUGGUGUGGGAUGUCAAACUUUUGGUGUAUUUUUCUUGUACAUAUUUGCAGGUUUUUAUGAUUGCAGCUUGACUGAAGUGGACAGCCAAACAUCUGAACCCGUAUUGAAUCGAUAUUCACCUCCAGUUCCAUGUUUUGGUGCUCAAAAUUUGAUAUUCUUUGUCAUGUCCAUUUUGGCAACCCUUACGGUGAUUCUAUUUGUGGUAUUUUCAAGAAGUAUCACUCAAAGUUUGAAUCCACUCAGCACGGUACCAUUUGCUUCCACACAUCCCUUCACAUUGACAUUGUUGGAUGUGGUGAACAUGUUAGGAUUAGUGAUCUUGUAUGCUGUUCCAAUAGAGUAUGGAUACGCUGCUCAUGCUGCCAAUUGUGUCUUGUCCUUUGUGUUCAUGUUGUUCCUCAUGUAUUCAUGUCCAUUCUAUCGAAGAAUCGAAAACUCAAUCAUGUGUGGUGUUGCAUGUGCUCGCUUAGGUGCUAGUGUGGCCACAUUGGUGACAUCUGUACUUGUCCAACAAGUUGGCAUGUCCAUAGACUCUUCUCUCGCCAUUGGCGUACCUCUCAAAUUUGGUUUAAUUUUAUUAUGUGGUUUGUGUGCAUUUCUAGGUUAUGAAAUCUAUUUGAAGCUCACUGUUAGAAAUGUAAGAAAUAGAAUUCUCUCUGAAUUGUAUGACCUUAUUCCAGCCGAUCAAUCCACCUUGACAACUGACAAGAAGUCUGUAAAGAGUUUUAUGGAAUCAAAAGCACUGGCAAUCCUUCAAGAUUUUAAUGAUUCAGAUGGUCUGCGAGGUUUGUCCAUGUUUUUCAAGUUUGCAACCAAAUCGAAUCAUGUCACUCAUCUAGAUCGCAUUACCAAUGCAGACGGAAUUCCAUUAAGCAUUUCUGAUAAGGAAAUUUCUUUGGUCUUUGUGAAAACCGUUCAACAACAUAGACGCUUUAAACAGGUUCACAUGUUGCACUACCUUGCGUUAUUAAUUGCAUACGAUCAACAACACUCGAACGUCGAUAUCGCUCUCGAACUCAUACAAAGAAUUACCACUCACUCCUCGAGUCUAUUGGAUCAAAUCAUGGCUCAAUACAGAAUCAAGGAAAUACAACACAAAAGCUCCUCAACCACACACGAAAGUUUCUCAAUGAGUAAUGACAUGAAAGUUCAACGUUUAAAGUAUCUUCAAGAUUUACUACUCUCCCUUCAUCGAGACUUUUGGAAAGAGCUCAUCCAAGAACCUGUGAAAUAUUCAACCAUUGAAAAGAUUACUCUCAAAAUUUCAGAAACCACCAAUGAAUGUAACAAGAUCUUUAACGAACUUCUUGUUCAUAGAAAGAAUAAGAAUCAUCUUCGAAUGUAUGCAACCUUUGUAGAGAUUUUCGAAUUCGACAAGGAACUUGCUAUUGCCAUUCACGAUGAGGCGAAUCAACUUGACGAGGAACAACGCGUUUCAAUGUCCAUUCAAAAAUCUAAAAAGAAUCAAGUGGUGCCCAGAUUUACAAAGCGAGAAAAUUCCAGUGUGAGCCAUCGAUUCAUGACAGAAAAUCUCCAUUCCACAUUUUCUAAGAAGAUGACAAAUCCAGAGAUUUUCUCUUCUCAAGAUCUAAUGCUUUCCAAAAAGAAGGAUAAUGAUGACAAUGUUGAAUUGACGGAAGAUGUGAACUUUGAUGACAGUGUAAGUGUGACUGGAGGAGGAGAAGGCUUACCCGCUUCGUUCGAGCAAAAGAAGGAGACAAUGUUCAGAAAUGCAUUGAAAACCAGAGUGUAUUCAGAGAGCAUACUUUUUGGUGCCUUCUUGACCUUUAUCCUCAUUUGUAUUGCUUUUGUGAUUGGUGGAAUUGUCAUUACGGUCGUGGCAGUGUCAAACAUCGCCGAAGAUGUCCUGUAUUUGAGUCAUGUGUGUUUACCUGAAUCCUCUCCUGUCUCGGUUAUGAAAAAUAUAAGAAAUAUGCAGAGUUGGAUCCAUGUAUGGUUCAAUAAUGGGAUGAAUGAAUGGCCACCCAACUAUGGUAAUUUCCUUCUUUUAUCCAAAAUGGGUUACAUCAACGCUUAUUUUGAACAAUUUAAAAAAGACAAACAAUUCUUUGAAAAUUUGAUUCAUAUCUCUGAACAAAACAAGUUUGACAAUGCUGCUUUUACCGAAUAUGGACAAACUAUUUAUCAAAUUAAAAUUCCUACUGCAACCUAUGUAAACGGUAGUACUAGUGGAGAAGUCAUGUUUAUUGGACAACCUAUUAUGAGAAAUAUAUCUGUCAAUGAAAUUGCCAAUUCUUACAGCCAACUGAUUGACACCGUUAUGAACCAAUUUCCAAAGGAAGAUAUGACUCUAUUAGCUACGCAGAACAGUGACAACACGACACUUCUCAGAAAUGUCAUGAACAGCCUACUGAUGAAUCCAAUUUCUGAUUACACAUUUAGCUACUUGUUUCAAAAUAUGGAUUCGAAUUUCCAAACUCUUAAUACGUUCUGUAAACGUUUUGUGACGAACAGUAAGGCAUCGACAAGUUCUCUCAUCAUGAACGUCGAACUUUACUUUCUCGUUGUGUUAGGUUUGGCCAUUCUGAUGGGAUUGAUUUUCUUUGUAAUGCUUCGUUGGAAUCAAUUGCAAUUUAAACGAUUAAUCAAUACCAUUGAAAAACAAUUGACAAAAGAAUCCAUUGGUAAAAUCUAUCAAGGGUUAUUGAAUAGUCACAAAACGAAUGUGGAUGCUUCAUUAGAUUGGACCAUUCUCUCCAAGAUUUUCAAAUCAAAGAUUUCCAUUUCAAUAGUGGUUUUAUUGAUAUCAUUACUCGUUCCAUUGUGCGUUGGAAUUUUCUAUUACGAAGCAAACGGUAAUGCAAGCAGUGCUCAAAUUUCAUUUGUCAAUAUAGGGUAUUCUGCAAAUGUAAUUGCUCACUUGCAAUACAUUGGAUUCUACAUGGGAGAAAUGUUAACCUUUUAUGGUCAAGACACAAAUUCAAGUUCCUAUACUUUCAAAACUUCUAUUGACAGUUCCUACUUGAAAGUGGCACCCACUUUGGACGAACUUCAAUCCUUGUUAGUGAAAGAAAUUAAUAAUUUAGUUUACUAUUGGAACGACUUGAUUUUUGGAAAUGUUAACGUGGAAAAUGAUUUUCCGAUGAUUGGACUAUAUCCCUCAUUGGACAAGUUGAUAAAAACUGGAGGCUAUAACUGCACUCAAGCUUUGGCACAAAACAACAUGACCAUGGCCAAUUACUACCGAAAUUGUAUUGGUAUUCAAUCGUUGAUGACACAAUACAUUACAGGAGUGAGUGAAGUUGCAGAAAAAACAAAUCGGUUCUACCUAUCUAAACAAACAUCAGCAUUGAACACGACGACGAGUACUUCAAAUUUUGAAGAAAACGACGCUUCCAUGUUCAUGAAACAUUAUGCCAACUAUCGCAUGAAUUUACCUCUCACAGAUAAGCUUGUUGUUUUCAUGAAUGAAUUUGUGAGAGCUUCUUCAGAAGUGAAAUUAGUCAUGGUCUUUUCGUUUGGAGUUUUUGGAGUAUUGAGUUUCAUUGUGUUAGGAAAAGUACUUCAUUCCAUGAUGAAAAGCUCAGCAGAUCAUUUUCAACAUACGAGAAUGCUCUUAAAUUAUAUUCCAGUCGAACUAUUCGAAAAGAAUGAAGUAUUGAGAAAUCUAGCUCUGUAUAAUCAAUUUUCAAAUCCCAUUCUGGAAAAGUUGAAUGCUUCUUCUACAAAGACUUUGUCCAAUCGUGAUGAAAAUUCAUUCACUGGUAUUUGUAACAUUAUGAAUGCCAAUGUGGAUGGUUCUCUCAUUAUUAACACAUUAGGUGAAGUUGAACUCAUUAACAGCCCAGCAUUGAAAAUGUUUGGAAAAACCACAACAGAAAUUCUUGGAGCUUCUUUUUUCAUAUUAUUUGCUCCAGAAUCUCAAGAUGUGAUUCGAAAGGUUGUGAAUUCACUCACUGAACAAGUAACAAAAUCCUCUUCACCAUCCACUUUCCAUGAAACUCUCGAAGUGGAUGCAUGUCUUCGAAGUAAUCAAUCAAAAUUUCCAGCAAAAAUCAACUUUUUCACUCUCAAUUCCAAAUCAGAAAAUAGAACCAUCAUUGCUGUCACUAUUACGGAUAUUACUUCACUGAGAAAGCAACAAGCUCUAUUGGCCGAAGAGAAACAACACUCUGAAAAUUUAUUGAAAAAUAUUUUACCUGAUCAUGUGGCAACUCGAUUGAAGAAGGGUGAAACAUUUAUUGCUGAAGGACUCAAAGAUAUCACUUGUUUCUUUUCUGACAUGGUUGGUUUUACCAAAAUUAGCAGUUCCAUGAUGCCGACAGAUUUAGUGAAAAUGCUCAAUGCCAUUGUGAAUGGAUUUGAUGAAUUGACUGAACUCUAUCAAUUAGAAAAGAUCAAGACUAUUGGAGAUGCCUAUUUUGCUGUGGGUGGAAUUAAUAAGAAUUGCUCGAGUGAUCAUCCUGAACGAACGUUGCGAUUCGCACAAGACACCUUUAGGGUGAUUCGAGAGUUUAAUGAAGGAAAAUUGUGUGGAAAUAUUUUAGAUGACAGUAAUCAACAACAAUUGAAUAUUCGUGUUGGAAUUCACACGGGUGGAGUGGUUGCAGGUGUGAUCGGGAAGAAAAAGUUUGCCUAUGAUUUGUGGGGAGAUACGAUCAAUACUGCAUCAAGAAUGGAAUCUACUGGUGUUCCUGGAAGAAUUCAAAUAAGCAGAACGACUUAUGAGCGAGUGCAUGAUAUGGGACUCGAGUUUGAAGAACGUCAAGUCGAAGUCAAAGGAAAAGGUAUCAUGCAAAGCUAUCUAUUGCUUGCCGAGUACCAUAUGAACCCAAUUGUGGAGCCUACGCUUGAGAGCGAUGACAAUAAAGAUCAGCAUGUCGAGCAAGUCAUGUUAUUGAGAAAUUCCACAUCGACCACUUUGCCAGCUUUGGAAAGUUGUAACUCAAUCAAAUCAGAACGAAAGACUGAAGAAAAUAAUUAA